CCAAAAUUAUUUUUAGUACUACCUUUAUUAAUUUAAAGUCAGAACUCUAUUUAUCUUGAUUUUCUGCAACUGGAUUCAAUAGUUUUGUCUUCUUUCCCCUCUUUCUUUUUUUUUCUUUCUUCAAAACAAAAUGAAUAACAGAUAUUACAUGUUUGCAGUAUCCACAUUUCUGUGCUGCCUAUUAUUACUAUUUACUCUCUAUCCGUCAUUAAGGAUAACUACAUAUUCACCAAAUCAUAGAAAGAAAGAUAUAUUUCAAAUGUUUGACAAGGGACAUGCAUAUGCAACUAUUAUCUGUGAUAAUUCAAUAAUUGAACCCACUCUUGUCUCUAUUUAUUCCCUUCAACUCGCCUUUUCAAAAAAGCCGUCAUCAAAGACAGAUGUCAUUGUGUUAAUACCUGAUUCAAUCUAUAUAGAAAAUGACUCUAUUCAACAAUUAGAAAGGCUUGAUACUAAAAUCAUUAGAACUUCUUUUGCUCAAUCCUCUUGCAUGAACAGUCAACAUGCUUUACUUAACCUAUGGGCCUUGUUUGAUUAUAAGAAGAUUGUCUAUUUUACUCAUGACGUUUUAUUUGAUAAAGACGUAGAUCAAUUAUUUUAUCAAUUACCAAAUUCUGCUAUUCUGUCGAACCAACUCAGCCCUUCUCUUCUCCUACUUGAACCCAGCCCCGAUCAUUUUGAAUCGAUGGUUCGAGACUACAAGACGUCAAAAUCUAUUCAAUUUCAGCUACACAAUACUACGAACAAGUUAUUACAACAUCUUUAUGUCUACAAUGGUCCAAUGAAACCAUGGAACUUUCAUAUGUAUAAUGAUACAGAUUGGUCAAAACAUUAUGAUCCUAUACCUUUCUAUUAUUGGCGUAAAGCAAGUAAUGGUCUAAAGCAUUUUUUGAACCCAGUCUCAGAAUGGCAGAACCAACAAAGGCAAGAUGAUGUAUGCGAUGGUUAUUUGCAAUCCAUAAACAAUAUACACCACUUUACUGUUCAAGAUAAAUUCUCUGUAAUGAUUAGCACCUAUAAUCCAGAAAGAAUAGAACGUAUCUCUCUACUCAUUCGACAUUUACUCAAGUCUGAUAUGGUCCAUACCAUCUACAUCACUUGGCACAAUCCAAAUUUAGAUGUUCCCGCUUCCAUCUAUGAUUCUAUUCAAGAUCAUUCUCGACUUAAAGUACUCAAACAAUCUUAUGAUUCACUCAACAAUAGAUUCAAUCCUGUCGAUGAUUUGAAAACAGAAGCAGUCUAUAUUAUGGAUGACGACAUCUUUAUUGAUUUACAAGACCUCGAAUACGCUUUUAAUGUAUGGAGAUCACGUAAAGAUAGUGUGGUAGGUCAUUUCCCUCGCUUACACAGAUAUGAUCCGGAAACACACCAAGCAAGUUACAAAGUGACUAACAGAGCACCUUAUACUCUUGUUUUAACAAAGAGUAUGUUUAUACGAUCUGAAUAUCUGUUUGCUUAUACAUGUCUAUUGGAGCCUAAAUUACAUGAAUAUGUCGAUCAGGCACUCAACUGUGAAGAUCUUGGCUUUGCCAUGAUGGCAUCUGGCCUUAGUCGUACACCAUCAACAUUUGUAUGUAAUGAAAAACCAAUAGAAGACUUUGGCCGUAAGAAAGGCAUCAGUAUAAAUAACAACCAUAUGCCUGCUCGUGCGGACUGUAUCUCUAACUUUAUUACACAAUUCUGGAAUGAACACGAUCCUCUCUUAAAGUCCUAUGACGCCGUGGCGCCAUUUGCAAGAUCUGUGAUAAAAACCGGAAAUUGGGCAAGAGUAGAAACAAUUAUAUCCAAUGAAUAAUCAAAUAAACGGUUUUGUUUGUUGUCCAGAGCAACACAAAAUGGAAAACGUAGAUCGUACAACCAUAUUGUUACACCAACAUAACAUAGAAAUGUCAUACUUACGAAGUAUACAUAGCAGAACCCGACAUUUGUGUACUAUAAUUUGCAUUUAACACUUUAAUAUUUUAUCCGGCAAACCGAAGAAUUUAUAAUAAAGUAUAUACACAUCAAAAACAAGAGGGCUAAUCCCUCUUUUAAAUACUUGUAUCUAUAAGAAUUGAGCAGAUUGAUGUAAAUAAUCCUUUUCUAACAAAAAAAGAGAUUGAGCUCCCUCUUUAAGUUUGGCUUAAAUAUAUGUGUAUUCUGGCAAGCACCUUUACACUUGUAUAAAAUAUUCAAUGGAACAAAGCAUCAAUAAUCUAUUCAAGACAUAAAGUUAUCUUGUUUUAAAAAAAAAUUGGGACUACAUCUUGUUUGUGUAAAAGAUAACGUAUUAAGG